AUAAAGUUUGGAUUAAAUUUAAAGCUGGUUAAACUUGACUGCUGUCUCUUAAAAAAAAAAAGCAAUAUCUUCAGGUAACAAACUAAUUUGCAUUUCUUUACCAAAAGUAGAAAUACCUUUUUAGAUGAUUUCUAGAAAUGUAGUCAGCAAAGAUUUGAGUGGCUAAAAUAAAGAGAUAAGGGAAAAUUUGGCAACCUUGCCUAAUUCCUUGAUUACAGGAUAGAAUCUAGGGGUGGUACCGUUUUUCAUUUGACAGAGCAAUUAGCGUUAUUAUAUAAUAUUUUCAUUGUAUUGCAGAAGAAAAGACCAAAGCUGAAUUUAUGAAGACAGCUGAAGAUGUGAUUAAUGCAAUCAAAAGCUUUGUAAAACCCUAAGAAGAGUAUGAAGCUAUUAUCUGUGAUUAACUCUGAAAAAUCCAGAAUAUCAAGAACAAGCCAUUUAUUAUUGGAAAUGUGGAUAUUUUGCAUAAAUUUAGAUUGUGUCUCUCUAAUAAUUGUUUUUAGGACCCAUUUAAGUUGUUUUGCAAAUACUGAUGCCAUGAUUUUGUAAUCAUUAUUUAAAAGACAUAUAGUACGCCAAUUAUCAAUGAGUAGUUAGUAUUUUUGGGGCUUAGGUUUAAGGUGAGUGUGGUGGGAAAUGUCAUUGGGAUACUCGGGAAUUUGCCGGCAGGGGGCGCAAAUGCAUCACUGCACAUCCUGAGUAGUGUAGUUAAGCAGAGCAGAAGAAGGCACUUCCUGUAUGUUGUCUGCUUUGCCGUGUUUUAACAUAAAAUUACAGGGAUGGCUCAGUGGGGGGCCAUCUUCUCUAUAAUUGCUGCUCUUGGAGGAGCAGCAAUGUUGGCCUCAGUGCACAAAAUUGAUGAAGGACACACAGGAGUGUACUACAGGGGAGGGGCACUCCUCACUACCACCAGUGGCCCAGGUUUCCACCUUAUGCUUCCAUUCAUCACCACAUACAAGUCUGUACAGACGACACUGCAGACAGAUGAGGUGAAGAAUGUACCAUGUGGGACAAGUGGAGGAGUGAUGAUUUACUUUGACCGCAUUGAAGUGGUGAACUACCUCAUUCCCUCAGCAGUAUAUGACAUAGUGAGGAACUUCACAGCAGAUUAUGACAAAGCUUUGAUUUUCAACAAAGUGCACCACGAACUCAACCAGUUUUGCAGCGUUCACUCUCUACAAGAAGUCUACAUCGGCUUGUUUGACCAAAUCGAUGAAAAUCUCAAAUUGACACUACAAGAGGAUCUAACAUCUAUGGCGCCAGGCCUUAUAAUACAGGCCGUGCGUGUCACUAAACCCAACAUUCCUGAGAGCAUUCGCAGGAACUACGAGCUCAUGGAGAGUGAAAAGACAAAACUGCUGAUCUCCCAGCAGACACAGAAGGUUGUAGAAAAGGAGGCAGAAACUGAGAGGAUUAAAGCUAUCAUAGAGGCUGAGAAAAUGGCACAAGUCGCAGAAAUCAAGUUUGAGCAGAAAGUUAUGGAGAAGGAAACUGAAAAGAAGAUCUCUGAAAUUGAAGAUAACGCAUUCCUGGCCAGGCAGAAAGCCAGGGCAGAUGCAGAGUUCUAUACAGCACUGAGAGCUGCUGAGGCCAAUAAGUUGAAGUUAACUCCUGAGUAUCUGCAGCUGAUGAAGUACAGUGCCAUCGCAGCCAACAGCAAGAUCUAUUUUGGAAACGACAUACCUCAGAUGUUUGUGGACUCUGGCUCCACAGCGAGCUCCAUCAAGGCCUCCGCAGCCCUGGAUGUCAUUAGCGAUCAGGUUAUAGACCUGGAUUAAUGAAGAAAGUAGUGGGACCACUCAAGUGUGGCGGACUCUUUGCAGGUAGCAAAGGUGCUCUCUGUUCCCAACGUAAUCUGCUGUCGAGAGCCGGUAUUUCUCAGACAAUUCAGAACCACUACAGGAAAUCCUACUGGACGGAUGAAGAGGAUACAAUUAAAAGUUCAGCUCCAAUGCAGAAACUUCAGUUAACACUAAAUUGUAGGUUAGAUAAAAUGUUCAUCAAUCCAAGGUCCAUUGAAAUGAAGUUUAGCUAAAAAAUGGCAUUGAAGAUUUGUUCAUUUAUUAAUGCUGCUGCACUUCUUAGAACUGUACUAACAGUCAGUGUAGUUACAUAUCAGGUAUUUUGCUGCUUACUAUUAAUUAUUUUAACAUGAUCUUGUUUUUGUGUGAUCCCGUUUUUCAUCCUGUCCAGCUGUCACUACAGUAAACUGAAACUUUUAGGUGGUCUAAACCAGACAAAGGCAAUCCAAUAAUUUAGAGCACAUGUUCCUUAAUUAAAAUGGGAUUAAAUUGGUUAUUUUUGUAGCCUAUUUCUCAGGCCAUUUAGCAGAUUAAAUCAAUGUUGGCUCAGGAGUUAGAUGCUGAGCACCAUCCCACAAUUUCCUGUUUACGGCAGAUACUGGACUCAUUUCAAUUCAGGAAUCAUCUAGAAUUGGUCCUUUACAGUCUUGUAAAAUGUCUAAACAUCCCAUAACUUUAGGAUACACCAAAACAUGCAGUAUCAUUAGCCACGAGGCUUUAAAGUUAACCCAAAAGACUCCAAACUUAAAAUACACUGUGAUCUUGAUAGAGUUGACUAAAACAGGAGUGUUUCUACAGCUCAAUUGACUGUCUGUCCAAUCAGAGGACUUUUUUAUAUUCAUGUGAUGCCAUUUUGUCCCUGUCUACUUCCUACAAGCAAUCAUUUCCAUACUUACAUUGUCAACUAUUGUAACGUGGUUCAUUUUUUGGUUAGUUAGGUAUUUUUGAUCAGUUAUUAUAUUUUGUAGUUUGUGAACACCCUCAAGACCAAUUCACAGCUAUGCUGUGAUGCAGCCGGGUAGGAAAUGCCCCAGUAGCGGGCACAUAAAUGGCUCCUGGCAGAAACCCCGUUUGAACUGGAACUGGAACAGGAACUGCAGGAGGAUGAAAUGACGAAUGCCUGAGUUAGUAGGGUCCCAAUCUUUUCAGAAACAUGGAAACAAAUAAAAUGUCCUUGUUCCUCAUAGUGAGAUCUGCUGGUAAAAUGUUUCUGUUGGCCUGGAAGAGGCACCAUCUGCACCCCUCAGGGGGGUGAGGCUGCAUUUCUGACCUGCUUGAUAAAAAUGGGCUUUGACAAUAACAGCAGACUGCAAGCUCAAUGAAUGUACUGUGGUAGCUGCUCACUGGCUCAUUUCAAAUCACUGUUUUGUAUUAUUGGCUUUUUGUGCACACUUACUUCACUGCAUUUGUGAAACUAACUUAAUCAUUUUUUUGUAAGUGUGCAACACUUUUUCCUGUUGACUAUUCUGUUUGUCAUAGAAAGUUGUGCCAAGAGCAUCUUGGAUUGUCAAACAGAAAGCAGUUUUUUACUUUAGUUUUGACAUCCAAACUAAACAUUCGACAUUGCUCGCCUCUAGACAAUGUUCUGCUUUUGCUGUGAGAAGUUACACUUGCUGUGUGGUGUCUCAUGUUUACUUCUAUUUUGAUCUUGUUUUUUUUUUUUUACUUUUUAAGUGACAUUAGUUCCAUGGUGGAUUAAGAAAUUAAAAACCAAAUUCUGGGUUUUCCAAAAAAAAAAACAUUGUAUAUCCAGAGCUAAGCUUGUUUGUUAAUGGACAGCACCCUUUAAAGCUAUGGGAACAUGCCCUAAUAUUCAUUCCAGUGUCUCAGGUGGGAAAGACACUGACUCUACACAACAUUGUCAUUGCACUGGUUUUAGUGAUAAAUGUACAAUCAAAAUGAUGUCUUCUGAUAAACUGCUGUUUUAAUCAAGAAAUGAAUAGCAAUGAGAAGCUUCUAUUAACAAGUGCAGUAAUAUAUAUUUAGGGAACCUUUUUCACUGACGGAGUGUAAGCCUGUGUUCUAACACACAAUAAACUCCACAGAAGCUAA